AUGAACUCCGCAUUUAGCAGUGGUUUUGGACUUAGCAUCAUUGCUAAGCAGUUAAGCGAAGGACAAAGGUCAGCAGAUCUCCGGGGAAAAGGGAAAGGGGGCGGAGGAGUUUUAGUAGUUGGACAUUACCGACAUGUACAUAUGGCAUGCAUCGAGUCAUCAUCAUCCAUCCAUCGGUUGGUCCGUCCGUCCGUCCCUGCUGGUGGUGGUGUUAUAGUAGGAGCGGGGACGCUGCCUCAGCUACGCGCCCACCCAUCUUGGCGUCUUCCUUUUGCAUGUGCAACUGAGAAUUCAAACCCUCCGUGCAGCUCACUUCGCUUUCCAUCAUCCUCCAACAAUAAUAACGCUGCUGCUACCACAACUGCUGCCGCUGCUGCUGCUGCUGCUGCUGCUGCCGCAUCGGCCGUAUCUUCAGCUGACCUCAGACACAAUCAUUUCGUCGCAAAUAUAUUAACCAUGAGCGGUCGUAUGUCGAAUGGUGCCACUGGACGUCCACUGGUUGCACUUCUGGACGGCCGAGAUUGUACGGUUGAAAUGCCAAUUUUAAAGGAUGUUGCAACGGUAGCAUUCUGUGAUGCGCAGUCUACUCAUGAGAUUCAUGAAAAGGUGCUUAAUGAAGCGGUUGCUGCAUUAAUGUGGCACUCGAUAACGCUUGAACGCGAAGAUUUAGAGAAAUUUAAAGCAUUGCGGGUAGUUGUACGGAUCGGAACUGGUACUGAUAAUAUUGAUGUGAAGGCAGCAACAGAUCUCGUAUCACUUGAUGAAGGUGUCUAUCGUUCACUUUCAUCUGGUGAUAACCUGGCAAAAUGGUACCAUAUCUGCAUUUCACUAAUAGGGAUUGCUGUAUGUAACACACCCGGUGAUUGUGUUGAAGAAGUGGCCGAUACAACAAUGUCGUUAAUUUUAAAUAUGUAUAGGAAGACAUUUUGGUUGGCAAAAGCAGUUUCAGAAGGGAAAAAGGUUAGUGGUGUAGAACAGGUGCGUGAAUUGGCUAGUGGUAGUACACGAAUUCGCGAUGAUACUUUGGGUAUUAUUGGUCUUGGUCGUGUAGGUACAGCAGUAGCGAUGCGUGCUAAAGCAUUUGGAUUCAAAAUUUGUUUCUUUGAUCCGCAUUUACCAGAGGGAGUUGACAGAUCGUUGGGUAUUGAACGCUGUUACAAUCUCGAUGAUAUUUUAUUCAAAUCCGAUUGUAUAACGUUGCACUGCCCACUGACGGAUGAAACGAGGCAUAUGAUCAACGAUUCUCGUGAUUUUCCAUUACUACAGAUGACAAUCAAACAAAUGCGACCAGGUGCAUUUAUUGUAAACACUUCGAGGGGUGGUCUUAUUCAGGAAAGUGCGUUGGGUGAAUCGCUGAAAUCGGGGCAUAUUAAAGCUGCAGCGCUUGAUGUCCAUGAACAUGAACCUUUCGAUCCCCUUGCUAUGGGACCUUUAUCUGCUGUGCCGAAUAUCAUCCACACUCCGCAUUGCUCAUGGUAUUCGGAUGCUUCGUGCAAGGAAUUGCGUUUAUCAGCAGCACGAGAAGUUCGGCGUGCUAUCGUUGGUAGAUGCCCUCAUGAUCUCACUAACUGUGUCAACAAGGAAGCACUCCUUGCUGGACAUACUCGAAGGCCAACAUCAACUACAUCCUUAGCGCCGAAUGUAUCCAACUCAUUUAAUCCUUUGAUGCCAUCGUUUGGAACGUCCAUCGCUGAUGGUUUUAAUGGUUUGCCAGUUGGCGGCAAUUUGCCAUCAUUUCCUUAUUCGAAUCCACUGUUAGCGAUGGGCAAUCCAUUAUUGAAUCCAUUGAUGAUGAAUCCAAGUACGGCUGCAUUAGCUAGUUUUGCAAAUGCUGCAGCGAAUACACCACAUAAUAGUACGGCUGCUGCGCUUUCAACAUUGGCUGCUGUUUCAUCUGCAAUGACAACUAGCGCUGCACCGGUUGCCAGGCAGUCACCUGCGGUUCCGGUGUCUCACUCACCAAAGGCAAACAAUAACAGUCGUACUACAGUUUCACCAGCUGUAAGACCGGCAUCCUCACCCGAUGGUCCAGCUGAAGUAAAGGAUGGUACUCCACCUGCACAACAGGCUACUACGCAACCCCAUUUAACCUCCACCUCAUCAUCAUCGGCAUCACCUUGUAAAAGUCCAGGAGUCUCUAAUUUACCUAAGGUGCCGACUAUAUCGGUUGAUCCAUUGGCUUCAGUGGUCCCGGAAGAAUCUGCUACCACUGCAGUUAAACUUGACGCGGAAUAA